UUCAGCGUCACGUAGAAAUGAAAUUAAAAAGCUAAAAGUCCCAAUUGCAAAUGCGUCCAGACAUUAUUAAAAUGCAACCGUGUUUGGGCCAAGUUACAUGCAUCAUGAAGAACCUGCUGCUAUGGGGUUUAGUUUUUGCCAUUGCAACAUCAUUUGGAGUGUCUGGAGAUGAUAUCCAAAUUGUGUGUGAGGAAAGUUCAGUUCACAUUAAAUGGAAAGUGAACGAAUCCAUGUCUAGUAAUCCAGCUCGUCUUCUCCUCGGUAACUGCUUUCCUUCGAGCUUCACGAAUAUGUCGGAAGGCUACGCAGAGGCUGAAUUUAUCUAUCAACUUAAUGAUUGUCAAUUCAAAAGGAUGGGGACUUAUAAAUAUUUGAUCUAUGCGAAUACACUGACUCACAGGCCGUUGCCAAAGCCCAAUGCUCCUUCUUUCACAUAUCCAAUGAGAUGUGUGUAUGACAGGCCGAAGGGUUGGGCCCCUAACUACUUGACUCGCGCCACUGGUGUUAUUCAAGGUCAUGGAGAACUGGCUUUUCACAUGGCAAUUCUUAACCAGAAUUUCAGUGGCCCAGCUGAAUCCAAUGUCUUUCCUCUGGGUUCUUUCAUUCCUAUAUGGGCCGAGGUGGACCAGCAAGCCCAUCAGCCCCUGGUGCUGCUGCUGGAGGAAUGUGUCGCCUCCACAACUCUCGAAAUGUACCCAGACACCCUUACGUACCCACUCAUCACCAAUGAAGGGUGUCUUGUGGAGGGAAAGAAGACCUUCUCCAGGUUUCUACCAAGGUAUCACUCCUCCUCGAUCUUGCUUCAUCUCCAAGCUUUCAGAUUCGCUGUAGGAGAAGAGGUGUACAUCCACUGUAAGUUAAUCGCGUGGGACCCUGAGGAUCUAAAUGAAUCAAGGAAAGCCUGUAACUACAAUAAAGCUACAGAAGAGUGGGAGCUUUUGGAUAACCCCAAGAAGAACCGUGUUUGUCAGUGCUGUGAUUCUACUUGUAAAGGCCGAGUGAAGCGAGAUGCUGAAUCUGGUAAAUCAGAACAUUGUGUUACAGUCAUCUACACAUCUUUAAACUUUUUUAUAAUUCAACCUCGAAUGCAAUGUCUUGAUCGCAGCACCCCAAGGGCUGGUUCUCAAAUCUGUGUUGGGACCCCUGACAAUUUCUGAAGAUUAACUGUGAUUUUAGCCCAACGUAACAAAUUCAUCAUGAAGAUAAGUCUUUGCUGUUGUGGUGGGAUCCUCUUUCCUCCACCCUCCCUUUGGUUCUCCACCUUAUCAAGUAAAAAAAGCAUCUUAACCUGCAGUAAUAAAAGAUGUCCGUCUGGCAUUUUGUGG